GACGCAUCAAACAAAUGGCCGGUUGUCUCUGCACCACCUUCUCAGCCCAGGGCACCACCUGUGGAAACUGAAGACAUUCCUGCCCUGUUCCAUGGCACCAGCCUGUGCCAGCGUCCUCGCCUGCCCGGGCCAGCCAGUUUGCGAAUGAACGCCGGCCCCAGAUGCCCUGUCAAUCACCCGAGCCCGACGUCAGCGCCCAUCUCUCGUGACCCGGGCCCGUCAUGUGACGCCCGGUUCAGUCUGCAAGUGUCAGCGGUCGCGGCAGCUCCCGGCUAGAAGUUACUGACUGGGCUGUUGGUUCUGAAGUUAUUUUGUGGACAAAACAAACUUGAGUAAUACUGUGGAAACAAUGCUGUGGUACAUCUUAGCUCCACAAAAGCGUGUGGGAAAUUAUACCACCGACUGUCCGAAUGGGUCCUAUAUUAUUUGGGACAUCCUCCAGGCGUGCACUGAAGAUGCCAGAGAUGUAGCAAGCAUAACGUUGGGAUUGUUUUCUGUCAUCUGUUUCAUGUUUUCAGCUUUCCCACAGUGUUACAGUUCCUACAAGAAUGGGAACAUGGACGAAGCUCUCUCUCUCUGGUUCCUCUUGGGUUGGUUGGGAGGUGACUCGUGCAAUUUUCUUGGUGCUUUCCUGGCUCAACAAUUGCCUCUGCAGACUUACACCGCUGUGUACUACGUGAUAGUAGACAUAGUCAUGGUCUCGCUGUAUUGUUAUUACAAAGUGAAGAACCGAUCCAGACCAGAUGGGACUGCAAUUAAUAUUGUUGUCAUGUUUGUGAUGCUUGGAGCAGCUGGUUCCUUAAUACCGGGCAGCCAUGUAAUAUAUCCAAUCGGAGAAAAACCAAGAUUUAAUAAACGCUCUCUUUUGGCUAUUCCACAAUUAUCUGCUAAUCAGGCAUUUACUCCCAAAGAAAUCAGUGGAUUUGUAAUUGGAUCAUUUUCAUCAGUAUUCUACCUGGCAUCCAGGUUACCUCAGCUGUGCAGAAAUAUGAAAAGGAAGUCUACCAAAGGCAUAUCCCUUUCCCUCUUCGCCCUGAUGAUUAUAGGGAAUCUUACAUAUGGCCUGAGUGUGCUGCUGAAGAUCCCGAGACGAGGGCAAACCGAGGCUAACUACGUGGUGCAUCACCUUCCCUGGUUGGUGGGCAGCUUGGGGACCAUGGCGCUUGAUAUAAUGAUUUUAAUUCAAUUUGCUAUGUAUAAAACACAGAGCUCCGAAAGUGAACUAUUAAUUCCUAAAGUACCACGGAAAUCAUUACACUAGUGGGGACAUCUCUUACGUAACGGGAAGCUACUUCCACCAGCUGAACCGGGCAGAACCAGGUUCAUUUUAGAAACAUCCAAAUUCUUGCUGGAUCUCAGCGCAUUAAUUAAUCUUGACUAUAAAUAUAUAUAUUUUGCAAAUAUCCUCGAGUCCCAGACACUCGCUUUGUAAGAACUCGCCGCACAAUCCGGACCUUCAAGCAUCAUCAUGUUCCAACUGGUUGAAGAGGAUCAAUCAAUGCACAAUGUUAAUAUCUUUGGAAAUCAGUGGACGAAAAGAAUUGAAUGAAAGAUCAGGGAAAAAGAGUGUAAAAUCUUAUCUAAUCAUUUCAUGUGAGGCAAUGAUUUUUGUCUACCUCAAAAUAAUUGUGGGCUUGUCCACCGAACUGCAACAUGCGAUCGCUUUCUUUAUCCGUGUAUAAUGAAUGCUGCUGCGGACACAUUGGGGGCUGAUGUCAACAUUUAACAUCAACAGGCCUUUUUUACGUUGGUCAGUGAUUUUGAUCGUGAAUGCUUGGAAGAGGAGUCGGAUCAAAUCUCACACCAGCAGAUGCUGUAGUCCAGAAAUUAACUGGCCAAUAUUGUGUUACAAUUCGGGAGGCCUGGUAACGCUGCCUAGACAAGAUUGUUAUUCUUGUCCAUCUUGCAAUGAUUUAAAUUACCAGUGGGUUUUCAUUAGACUUUUAUUGAAUCUGAAAUAUCAAUACAGAUAUUCACCUGUUUAAAAAUAGAAGGAAGCACUGGACAUCACAGUGGUGCAUGCAGCUGGUAGAACUACUGCCACUCUGGCCCAGUGACCCACCUUCAAUCCUUACCUCUGAUCUCUGUAACCGGUUUCCUGUGGGUGCUCUGGUCUCCUCCCACAUCCAAAUGAAAUGUGUGGGUUUAGCAGGCAACUGGCCACGGUGAAAUGGCCCUGUUGUGUAGACGCAUUGCCAAAUUUGUUGUGGGGAUGGUGGUUGACGGAAUUUGGUGUAAAAGUGGAUGUUGACAUAGUGGGCUUGUUUCCAUGUUGUGUCUCUCAACUCUACGACAGUCCUGGUGAAAAUAUUGCCUGGUAUGGUGAUGAGCCAUUCCAAACAGGUGGCCCAAUCUGUUAUUCCUUGUUUCUGCUGAUUAUUGGUGAUGACAUUCCUAAGGUAGCGAAGCAUAAAGACGUUGGCCAAGUUGCAGAUUUCUAUCCAGUUGUCUGAGCUUGGCCAUGUCUAGGCGAUGUCUCCAGGUAAGCAUGCACUGGGGCUUGGCCAUCACACAUUCCAAAGUUGACUAUCCAACUGACACUUGAUGGGAUAUGACCACUAGAGCUGAAUUAGGCCAUUCGGCCCAUCGAGUCUACUCCAUCGUACAAUCAUGGCCGAUCUAUCUUUCCUUCUCAACCCCAGUCUCCUGCUUUCUCCCCAUAACGAUACAUUUACUAAUCAAGAAUCUGUUAAAGAAUCUGCUUUAAAAAAUAUCCUUGUACCCCAACAGGACUUUGGGGUAUAGAGGAUGGUUCUGGGCAGCUAAUGAUAAAUACAGUUCUAGUUUUGGAAGCCAUCAUCAGUGUUGAAACAUGAUAUGCCUUGUGUGAACUCCAGUGACAAGAUCAAGGCAAAGUAUUAUCCAGUUCCUUCAGAUAAUUGUCCAACUGCUUAUAUAACCCCCCCCCCCCCUUGACAUUGCAUUAUGUUCUAACCAUUCAAGGUAAUUUAUUUUCCUCCUGAUAAUCAUACAACUAAUUGGCAUGGAGACGGAUUAUUUCACUCUGCAGAGUCCAUGCCAACCAAGUUUGCAUACUGGGCUAGUCCCAUUUGCAUUUGGCCCACAACCCUCUAAACCUUUCCUAUCCACAUCUGUCCAAAUGUAUUUUAAAAGUCCUAAUUGUAUCCGCUUCUAUAGCUUCCUGUGACAUCUCACUCCAGAUAUGGACUAAUCUCAGUUUAAAAAAAUUGCCCCUGAGAUCUAUUUUCAACACCUCCCUUCUCACCUUAAGCCUAUGUCCUCUAGUAUUUGAAUCCUCUAUCCCGGGGAAAAAGACUGUGAGCGUUCAGUUUUAUCAUGAUAUAGUACACCUCAAUUAAAUCAAUCCUCAGCCUCCUGCAUUCCAAAGAAAAAUGUUUCAGCCAAACCAAGGUUUUCCCUAUAACUCUGGGCCACGGGCCCAGGUAACUUCCUUGUUUCUUUGUCAAUAACAUUUAGAUAUGCUCUAUCUAUAUUCCUCACAGUUUAUUCAAUUUGCUCACUUUUUAAAACUCAAUCUUAGUGUCACCUCGUUUAAUUUUACCUCGAGAAUAUCAGCGUUAUUAUAAUGCAAAAGAAGUCAAAUAUAGAAUGAUAGAUCCUUUGAUAAGUUGCACUUUACAUAAACGAGUUGAUGUCUAAAAAUGUACUCUCUCAUCAAAGUAGCGAUAUUUUAAAAUUGCACUUUAUUUUAAGAACUUUUUAUUUAGCCUCUUUUUGGAAUGAAACCAGAGUCUCUUCCAUGUGCGCUAUCUAAAAAUAGAACGCUCUUGCUGCCUGGAUUUCAUCAGCGGCAGAACCCAGUUCCAAGUCCUGGACUCGAUGCUACUUGAAAGUAAUGAGAUCGAGAUCUGUCGCACAAAUGUGUUGGGUUUUUUGUUUAUCUCCCAAUGCUGAAUCUGACCAUUAAUGGUUAAUGCAGUCGCGUGUGGGCAAGAUGCCCAUCUACCUACACGAGGGCUAGUGAGAGCGGUGCUCCUACAUCAUUAUUAUAAUCAACUGGAACUUUAGGCUCUGCUUCCACACUUCAUUGUCUGAAACGUUAUGACGCUCAUCUGGACUCGACUAGCCGCUCCUCACAUUUAACAACAUUUAAUUUAAAAAUAUGCACCAAAGUUUGGCCUUUUUUUU